CUCUGCGGCACAGCUCGGGAUUUGUUUAAACCUUGGGAAACUGGUUCAGGUCCAGGUUUUGCUUUGAUCCUUUUCAAAACUGGAGACACAGAAGAGGGCUCUAGGAAAAAGUUUUGGAUGGGAUUAUGUGGAAACUACCCUGCGAUUCUCGGCUGCCAGAGCAGGCUCGGCGCUUCCACCCCCGUGCAGCCUUCCCCUGGCGGUGGUGAGAGAGACUCCGGAGUCGCCGCUUCCCAAGUGCCCGCCGCGAGUGAGCUCUCGCCCCGGUCAGCCAAAUGCUCCUCUUCGGGCUUCUCCUGCUGACGUCUGCCCUGGCCGGCCAGAGACCGGGGGCUCAGGCUGAGUCCAACCUGAGUAGCAAAUUCCAGUUCUCCAGCAACAAGGAACAGAACGGGAGGAACUAUACCCAAGCAUCUGGACUGGCAUAGAAAAGAGGAGAAAGAACAUUUAAAAGGAGUCCAAGAUCCCCAGCAUGAGAGAAUUAUUACUGUGUCUACUAAUGGAAGUAUUCACAGCCCGAGGUUUCCUCAUGCUUAUCCAAGAAAUAUGGACUUAGUAUGGAGAUUAGUAGCAGUAGAGGAAAAUGUAUGGAUACAACUUACUUUUGAUGAACGAUUUGGGCUUGAAGACCCAGAAGAUGACAUAUGCAAGUAUGAUUUUGUAGAAGUUGAGGAACCCAGUGAUGGAACUAUAUUAGGGCGCUGGUGUGGUUCUGAUGCUGUACCAGGAAAACAGAUUUCGAAAGGAAAUCAAAUCAGGAUAAGAUUUGUAUCUGAUGAAUAUUUUCCUUCUGAACCUGGGUUCUGCAUCCACUACAACAUUGUCAUGCCACAAGUCACAGAAGCUGUGAGUCCUUCAGUGUUACCCCCUUCAGCUUUGCCACUGGACCUGCUUAACAAUGCUGUUACUGCCUUCAGUACCUUGGAAGAUCUUAUUCGGUAUCUUGAACCUGACAGGUGGCAGUUGGACUUAGAAGAUCUGUAUAGGCCAACUUGGCAACUUCUUGGCAAGGCUUUUGUUUUUGGAAAAAAAUCCAGAGUGGUGGAUUUGAACCUUCUGAAAGAGGAGGUAAGAUUAUACAGCUGCACACCUCGUAACUUCUCGGUGUCCAUAAGGGAAGAACUAAAGAGAACCGAUACCAUUUUCUGGCCAGGUUGUCUCCUGGUUAAACGCUGUGGUGGAAACUGUGCCUGUUGUCUCCACAAUUGCAAUGAAUGUCAAUGUGUCCCAAGCAAAGUUACUAAAAAAUAUCAUGAGGUCCUUCAGUUGAGACCGAAGAUUGGUGUCAGGGGAUUGCAUAAAUCGCUCACCGAUGUGGCCUUGGAACACCAUGAGGAGUGUGACUGUGUGUGCAGAGGGAACACAGGCGGAUAACUGCAUUGCCAAGAGGAGCCCUUGCCAGAGCUAUGCCUUGCAGUGGCUGACUCUGUUAGAGAAUGUACGCGUUAUCUCCAUCCCUAAUCUCAGUUGUUUGCUUCAAGGACCUUUCAUCUUCAGGAUUUACAGUCCAUUCUAAAAGAGGAGACAUCACACGUAAUUUUGGAGUUGUGCAACAGCUCUUUGGAGAGGAGGCCCAGAGGACAGGAGAAAAGGUCUUCAAUCAUGGAAAUAAUUAAAUGCUGUAGAUCACUAGCUAGUUACAGAGCUCCCAUGUACCUAUGCCACUAGCUGCGUUCUGUAUUUCAGUUGUCUUGAUAUGACUUAGGUGAAUGUCAGGACAGGAAAAAAAACUGUGUGCCAGUGAUCACCUGAUUCUGUUGCCUUUAAUUCUAAAGAUCCAUGUUCUUGGCCUAAAAUUACAGAAAAUCUGGAAUAUUUUCCUUAUAUUCACAUAUAUAAACCGGAAUGUUCUGUGUUCUACAAACUUGGUUUUUAAAAAGGAACUAUGUUGCUAUGAAUUAAACUUGCUUCAUGCUGAUAAGAAAGACUGGAUUUUCCAUAUUUCUUAUUACAUUCUCUGCCAUUUAGAGGAAGAGAACUACGUUCAUGGUUUGGAAAAAGACAAACCUGAAAAGAAGAGUGGCCUUAUCUUCACUUUAUCUAUAAGUUGGUUUAUUUGUUUAAUUAUGUACAUUUUUAUAUUCUCCUUUUGACAUUAUAACUGUUGGCUUUUCUAGUCUUGUUAAAUAUAUCUAUUUUUACCAAAGGUAUUUAAUAUUCUUUUUUAUGACAACCUAGAUCAACUAUUUUUAGCUUGAUAAAAUUUUCUAAGCAAAAUUGUUAUAGCCAGAGGAACAAAGAUGUUAUAAAAUAUUGUUGCUCUGACAAAAAUACAUGUAUUUCAUUCUUGUAUGGUGCUGGAGUUUAGAUUAAUCUGCAUUGAAAAAUAUUGAAAUAGAAUUGGUGAGUUGCAAAGACCUUUUUGAAAAUAAAUAAGUUAUCAUGUUUUCCACCCCUGUUAUUGGAUAUGCAAAUAAAAAACAACUUAUGAAAGUAGAUUUCGUAUCCAGGUACUACUAAUCCUUUUCUGGAGGAAAGAUGGGCCUAGCUCAGAACAUAAAGCACCUUCAAAGAGAACUUGGCAGCUUCCUGACAAAGCGUGCUGUGCUGUGCUGUAGGAAUGCAUCCUAUUUAUUGUGAUGUUAGGGUUGUAUUAUCUUUAAACUCUGUUCCAUACGCUUGUAUAAAUACAUGGAUAUUUUUGUGUACAGAAGUAUAUCCUUUAACCAGUUCACUUAUUGUACUCUUUGGCAAUUGAAAAGAAAAUCAGUAAAAAACUUUGCUUGUAAAAUGCUUAAUAUUGUGCCUAGGUUAUGUGGUGACUAUUUGAAUUAAAAAUGUAUUGAAUUAUCAAAUAAAAGAAUGUGGCUAUUUUGGGGAGAAA